AUGCAUUUUUCACGAGCUAUUGCGGCCAUCUUGGCUGCAUCUCCAUUCGUUAUGGCCGCUCCAGCGCCAUUUGUGAAUGGUCCCACAGUAUUCUUACCUUACUCGUCUCUGGCAACGACUUACAUAUCCAAGGAUACCACAACUGACUUCACCGGCGACAAAAUUCCUGCCCACUACGUCGCCUCGGUCCGCGACUUCCAAGCCCGCCGUGACAGUGAAGAAAAAGCCCUAACCCGAGAAGCCAUGCGCUAUAAGCGACAACUCGACCAACUGCUCGGUGGGUUGACCGGGGCUGCUGGCGGUCAGGCCGCUGGUGCUGCGGGAGCUGCGGGAGGAGCGAAGGGAAAGGGGAAGGCAAAGGCUAAGGGUAAGGCCAAGGCCAAGGGUAAGGCAGCCGGUGCUGGGGCUGCUAAAGGUACUGGGAAGGCUGCUGGCGCUGCCAAGGGCACUGGAAAGACUGCUGGUGCCGGUGCUGCGGGAACUGCUGCUAAGGGUAAGGGUACUGGUGCAGGCGUAGCAGGAGCUGCCGGUAACUCCACAGCACCUGCUGGUGGUGCUGCUGCUAAAGGCAAAGGCACUGGCAAGACAAACGGUGCUGGGGCUGCAAAGGGCACUGGCAAGACAAAUGGUGCUGGUGCAGCAACUCCUGGAGCCGCAGGAACCCCAAGCCCGGCUGGUAGGAUUCCCACCCCAUCUCUGUACUGCUGGGACCGCCAACCCAGGCGCUGCUGGAACCGCCAACCCAGGCACUGCUGGAACAGCUAA